AUGCCCGGCGUUCCUUCUAACAAGGCGUGUGAGCGGUGCAAAAGGCGUCAUCUGAAGUGCGAUGAGACUCGUCCGCAUUGCCAGCGCUGCAUUGCUGCCGCUGUAGAGUGCCCCGGUUAUGUGCAAACGCGCAAAUUCAUUGACCAAGGAGCUACGGUAAGACGCCGGUAUGCUCCGUAUCAGGAGGUGCAUCCCGCACACGCCACGGAUUCCGGUAGAGGCCAAGAAUAUGCUCAGGCUGCACAUAUUCCAAAUCAGCCCCAGGUGCCGGAUCAAAUAUCGGGCAUCUCACGACAGGGAAAUACCACCUUCCAGCUUCAAGAAGCAGGAUUGGAUACGGCAGGUAGUCCAAGUCAAGCAAUUGCGACCACACAAACUCGGCUUCCUGUAUCUGGAGCGCCAUUUUCAGCCAAUUUGAAUUCACCCAGGAGGGAAGGGGCUUCAAGCAUUGCUCGCAACUUGGUAUCGCCAAGUUUCCCUGUGGAUUUAACUUCUCCCCAUGCAAAUGCGUAUAACGCAGAUCCCAUAACAGCCGGUGAUCAGCGAGUAUCCUCUCCAGAGACGCCUUCCCAGCGAGGCGAAAAGGAAGAGUUUCAAGACAUCUUUUCUGAAUUCAUGACUGGGACCGAGCACGAGAUUGCCUUCCUCACGCGACAUUAUGCCGAAAUCAUAGGCCCAUGGCUUGACUUGUCCGACGCUGGAAAAUUCUUCUCCGUGUAUGUUCCCAUUAGAGCCAUCAACUGUCCAUCACUCAAAUACGCCAUUGGUUCCUUGGCAGCAAAACAGCUGGGCCGAGUGAAAGGCGCAAAAUCAUCUGCUGGAAAUGGCAUGUUUACAAGGACUGCGACUACCGAGGUGUACCCAAAUCCUGCUCAAGUGGAUUGGUUUCUCAAGGCUGCCAACUAUUAUUAUAUGGCGGCAUCUGACCUGAACAAUGCUUGUUCUGGUGGCUAUACCGCGGUCUCCAGCUCGGCUGUACUGGAGUCGCCUAUCGAUACGGUCGGCCGCUGGCUUAACUCCCGUUCAGCAAAAGAGUUAGCACAAACCUGCAGCGACGGAAGCCUCCUGCGGAAGGCUGAGGAGAUGCUCGCAACUGUCUCACUUUUGACAGUCUAUAGGCUUCUAGAUUCGAAUGGGGAAGAAUGGCACAAGCAUCUUUCGGGUAUCCGUCCGUUGUUCGAAUCUUUUCUGAAUAUGAACUUGACAGGUUCAACCUUUUUCUCACACGGGAUCCGUGCAUCCUUUUGGAACUUCGCUCGGCAGGACUACCUCGGGUCUUACUUCACAAGAUCGGCCACCCAUUUCGUCCCUACCAGUCUGCCACUGUGGCGUGCAGCAGGAAUCUUAAUUGAUGACCAACACAAAUUCCAAAUGGGGUCUAUACAUCUGACUCAAGAAGACCAGGCAGCGAAUGGUCUAUCAUGGCUCGUCUCGAAGGUCGUUAACUUUCUGGCUCGGUCAAAGGAGUCGCAGAUUGCUCAGUGGACCGGAUCUCCACCGUCCACUUCGCCUGGCGGAAAUCAAGAUGAAAUACCAGGGUCCGAUCAACCACUAUAUCCCGACACGAAUACUUGGUUAGACCUUUCUUUCGAGUUCCAGGUCUGGUUCGAAGGUGUCCCGGAGACCUUUCGCCCAUGCGUCCGGAUUGAGAAUCCGAGAGACCUGACUGAAAUACCCGAUGGUCCUCAGCUGCCCUUCCCCGAAGUCUUCUAUAGUUCCUCGACCUGUGCAGCCGCGAUGCAGCACUAUCAUUUCGGGCGGAUUGCCCUUUUGUUGAAUCGGCCUUCGGAUGUAGUCAGUGCGCCGAGCACAGCGUUCGAUCGCUUGCAAGGCUAUCGGGACUUGACGAAAGAAGUGGAGUAUCGAAGUCGGGAGGUUUUUGGUAUAGCUAUGGGGCGACCCAAAGGAGAGGUUCGCGUUAACAUGACCCCGCUGUUGCUUGCGGUGGGGCAGUGCUUGGAGAGCUCAGACGAGCACCGGAUCAUCGUGGAUCUCUUGGUUGGUGUCGAAGCGGAUCUUGGCUGGGCCACUGAAUCUGUGGUUCAGAAACUCCAAGCUUCGUGGAAUCGAGGAGUUUGA